AUGACUGUUACGGGUCUAGUAAACCCUGAGGACUUGGGUGUAACUCAUAUGCACGAGCAUAUUAUCAUCAAUUACUUGCCAUUGUAUGAAGAACCAUCAGAGCAUGACUUGAAAGAUGCUUGUUGCAAUCAUGCACACGGUGGACAACCAAGACAGCUACACAAAGAGAAGAUCACACUUGACAAUGUUGGCUGGAUACAGUACAACUACAACAAGAACCUGUUCAACCUUGAGUUGAACGAGCAAGAUGUAGCCCUGCACGAGCUAGCACUCUUUAAGAACAACGGUGGUAAGACCAUCGUUGAGGUGACCACCGCAGGCAUAGGUCGCGACCCUGCUCAACUACAACAAAUCUCCGAGAAGUCUUCUCUCAACAUUGUUAUGGGCGCAGGUUACUACAUCGAUCUAUGCAUCAACAAGAUCGUCACAGACAAGACAGAGAAGGAGAUGGAGGAUGAGAUUGUCAAACAGCUAUUGGAGGGCACUGAUGGCACCAACGUCAAAUGUGGAAUCAUUGGUGAGGUUGGAUGCAGCUGGCCUUUGAGAGAGUCAGAGCGCAAGUCGCUUGUGGCAUCUGCCCGCGCCCAGGUGAGGACUGGCGUCACAAUAAGCAUACAUCCAGGCAGGAGCACAAAGGCUCCAAUCGAGAUACUGAACAUACUGACGGAGAAUGGAGCUGACUUGUCAAGAGUUGUCAUGGGUCACAUCGACAGGACUAUCCACGAUGUGAGCAUAAUGGUGGAGCUCGCCAAGACUGGUUGCACACUGGAAUUUGACCUGUUUGGAAUGGAGAUGUCGCACUAUCCAUGGGGCGGCGAUGUUGUUGGCAUGCCCAACGACAACCAACGUAUACAAUGGAUUGCCGAACUGAUUGCAGCGGGCUAUGGCAAGCAAAUCGUUGUGUCCCACGAUGUAUAUUCCAAGCACAGACUGGCCACCUAUGGUGGACAUGGCUACCAUCACAUCCUUCACAACAUCGUGCCAAGAAUGAAGAAGCUUGGUAUCAAGGAUGAGCACAUCCAAGACAUACUCGUCAACACGCCCAAAAGGUUGUUGACCAUUCAAUACAAAGACUAA